AUGAUUAUUAUUUUCAAACCGAAACCCCCCUCCGCCACCACCCUCCCCCCCCCCCCCACCCCGCAGACGGAAAACACAUCGGACCCCACGAUCGGAACCGACGCUUCCUAUUGGUCGGUCCCCGGUGUGGACGUGCGUGCUCGAUACGUAACUACAUACUUGAGCAUAAUGAUACACACUAGACCCUGGGUUGGAUAUUUUUUUACAGAACAGCUUACAGUACUCCGUACCGAAAGCACCGUUGAAGUCAAUCGUUGUUAUAAUAAUAUAUCAUAUUAUAAUCAAACAUGCCGCCUAAAACCAGCGGUAAGGCAGCCAAGAAGUCCGGCAAAGCUCAAAAGAACAUCUCCAAAUCCGACAAGAAGAAGAAGAAAACACAAGAGGAAGGAGAGCUACGCUAUCUACAUCUACAAGGUUCUGAAGCAAGUGCAUCCCGACACCGGUAUAUCAAGUAAGGCCAUGUCGAUCAUGAACUCUUUCGUGAACGAUAUAUUCGAACGUAUAGCCGCCGAAGCGUCACGUCUCGCACACUACAACAAGAGAUCCACCAUAACGUCCAGGGAGGUCCAGACCUCCGUGAGAUUGUUGCUGCCCGGCGAGUUGGCCAAACACGCCGUCAGUGAAGGAACGAAGGCCGUCACGAAGUACACCAGUUCCAAAAUAAUAAUUUAUUAUUAUUCCUUAUAUAAGUUUCAACGCAUCGAACUAAACAUCUCCGAAUACGAAGACGACCGUGUCGAUUUAGUGACCAGAAGCAUAAACCCGAACCCCUCGAACGAUCCCCGCCGACUGCCUCUACGGAGUACGUAUAUAAGAGCCGGUCGGUUUAUUUACGGCUAUCAUUAUAGUUCGAUCCUCGCUGUAGUGCACACAACUGUAGUCCGUUGUUUCAUCGCGUACCGUGUCAAAGUUAUUUUUAUCUCAAUAAUGGCUCGUACUAAGCAAACAGCUCGUAAAUCAACCGGUGGUAAGGCACCACGUAAACAGCUAGCAACGAAGGCGGCCCGUAAGAGCGCACCGGCAACCGGAGGAGUCAAGAAGCCUCAUCGUUACAGACCCGGUACUGUGGCACUUCGUGAGAUCCGUCGCUACCAGAAGAGCACGGAACUUCUCAUCCGCAAGCUACCUUUCCAACGUCUAGUGCGUGAGAUAGCUCAAGAUUUCAAGACCGAUCUUCGUUUCCAGAGCUCCGCGGUGAUGGCCCUGCAGGAGGCCAGCGAGGCGUAUCUCGUAGGUCUCUUCGAAGACACGAAUCUUUGCGCUAUUCACGCUAAACGCGUCACUAUUAUGCCUAAAGAUAUCCAGCUAGCAAGAAGGAUUCGCGGUGAACGUGCCUAA